UGAAUCUCCACGGACUAUAGAAACGACGACGUCCUCACUUCGUUCUUAUUUUUCUUCUCCUCCACUCCGCGAAACCCUACCUGCAAACCCUAAGUAAGAAUUUAUUCUGUUAGAUUUAGUAUUGUUAUCUCCAUUGAUUUGUUUUGCAAUGAAGAAAUUCUGAUAAACAUGAUUAUAAAGCAAGAUCACACCACCAGUUCUUCCGCCAACGCGUGCGGCAACUGCGGUGUGGAGGAGCGGCGGCUACUCCACCACGUCCGCCACCGUGGGAUCUUCCGUCGGCUCUGUUCCACCUGUGUCCUCCGCCUUCACCCUCAAUCAUUCUGCCCCUCCUGCUUCCAGGUCUACCCUCCCUCUCCACCACACGACUCCAUUAUCACGUGUUCCAAAUGCUACUCCUCUUCCCACUCGUACUGUGUCACCUCCCCCGCUUCUCCAGGAAACCUCUAUAUUUGCCCCCUCUGUGUUAACCCAAACUCUCCAAUUUUUAACUUGAAAAAGGAAACGGAAGCGAAUGUUAUUGGCGAGGGUGAAAGUUUGGACGUCAGUGGAAAUAGUGAGGUUUAUAGGGUGAUUGAUAAGACUGCAGCGAAGACCUUGUUGGCUGCAGCAAAGAUUGCCGCAGCGUCUAUGUCUAAGGCUGCUGUGGCAGCAAGAGUGGAAGCUGAGCGGAGGGCGAAGGAGGCUGCAUUCACAAGGAAAAGGGCAAGAGAAGCAUUGGAACAUGUGGCAUACUUGGUUGUGAGGGAGAAGGUAAGAAAGAAGGAAUCAGCUCUGUCGAUAUCACCUCCGGUUUCCAGGCUUAGUGCUGGUGAAAAUGUGCCUCAUUUGGGUGGUGGAGGUGGAAGUGGUGGGAAUAUGGAUGAUCUGGGUGUUGGUAUUGGACACGCGACUAGAGAAAAAUGUACUAAUGUUAAUAAUGGCAGCGGUGCUAGAAGUGAAAAUGCGGAUGGUGGUGUGAAUCCGGUGGCAGUUGUGGAAGAGAAGACAAGUUCAACGGGAAAUGUGGAUGGAUUGGAUAAUUCAAGUCGGGAGUUGGCAGCAUUGGAUAUUGUGGAGUUGAGGGGAAAUGAGAAAAUGGGUGGAACAAAGGCUUCAGAUGAAGUAUCAGGGAAGAUUUCUAAUGAUAAUUGUGUGCAAAUGGAUGUUGAAAAAAAUGGAGACAUGAGAGUGAGUUCUGGAUCCAACGAUGGGAAGAAUAACGUUGGUGGGGGUGAGAUGUUGGCUGAUUUAGGUUCUGCUGCAGAGAAUCACAAUUUGCGUGGGGAGAAUAUGGAGGAAGUGAUUGAGGGGAUAGUUUUGGUUCCACGUGUUGAGGAUCAGAUGCAGCACAAGGAAAAUUAUGAAGGACAGCAUAAUAAUGGGACACAGCAAUAGUUAGGAGGUGUUUUUAUGGGUUUUCUGAUAGCAUGCAGAGGCUAGUGGCUAUAAUUCUUAAGAAUGUGAUCAGUAUUGUGGUAGACGUAGUGAAUUAUAUCUAUUUAGAUUAGUAGAUUUUUAUAUUUGUCUAUCUCAUCAAUCUUGUGCCAAGUUUUAUGUAAAGAUUUUCUAGAGCUUGUAAUGAUAUUCUGUACCUCCCCUUUGUUUUGAGAAAUUGAAUCUGAACUUUGUUUCUUCCCUUAAA